AUGGAUAGGGAUAAUUAUUAUUCAGUCGUAUCUUUUUCUUCUUUGCCGACAUCUUCAGAUUGCGUAGUUUUUGCUAUGGAUGAGAGUAAGGAUGGAAUCUAUAUCGAUUUCAUUAGAAGGCGAGAAGCACAUUGGCGUUCUCAUAACUUUGAUACUACUACUAUUGGAUCAUACGGGCCAUUCCUUGACACCGCGAUUUUUCUCGACGGGGCUUUCUUUUGCGUCGAUCAUCAUGGAAACGUGGGAGUUUUUUCAACAAAGGAUACCAGUUGGAAAGUUGAACCUCAUGAAAUAAAAGAACCUCAUGAAAUAUAUGUUAAUGACAGUUCUCCGGGUUUUUUAGUAGAGUGUGGUGGAGAUCUUUUAUUAGUGAAAUUAGAAUAUGACGAGAAGCCGAUUAGGAUUCUCAAUUUAGUUUCUCUGUUAUGGAAUGGGUAA